GUUAGUAGAGAGAGUUUGUGUGUGUAUGUAGCGUUUCCCUUCACUGCUUUACAGUGUAAUGUCAGAUCACUGCACAACAGCACAUCUGAUCUGCUGGAAAAAGGAGGAACGGAGAGACAGGACGGUCAUGAGUAGCUGUCUUUGAUGAAUUCCAGUCUGAGAAACACCAUUUUCAACCAGAUUUUGCUCAGGUAAUUUUCUUCUGAUAAUCAAUGAUCCAGUACAACUGCUCAUCUCCAGACUCUCUCUACGCCACUGUGAAUGCAUCAUGGUGCUCCAUCAGAGAGGACGAGUGUCACAACAAAACAGCGAGCCAGUCAGACCUCUGUCUGAGCCGCAGCGCUUACCUGGAGAAGUACCUGGGCCCUUGCCGCUCACCUUUCUUCCUGCCUAUGUGCGUCACCUACCUGCUCAUCUUUGUAGUCGGCGUGCUGGGCAACAGCCUGACUUGCAUAGUCAUCGCCCGUCAUCGUGUGAUGCGCACGACGACAAACUACUACCUGUUCAGCUUGGCCAUUUCCGACCUCCUUGUGCUGUUGCUGGGUCUCCCGCUGGAGCUUUAUGAACUCUGGAGCAACUAUCCCUUUCUGUUUGGCGUUGCUGGCUGCUACUUCAAAACCUGCCUGUUUGAGACGGUCUGUUUUGCAUCUGUGCUCAACGUGACCGCCUUGAGCGUAGAGCGCUACAGAGCUGUGUUGCAUCCUCUGCACGCCAAACAUGUGGCGACGCACGCUCACGCCAAGCGCGUUAUCCUUGUGCUGUGGGCCGUCUCUCUGUUGUGUGCCUUGCCCAAUACCAGUCUGCAUGGCGUGGAGAUGUUAAAACCCCGUUUUGGACUCACUUUCCCCAAUUCGGGUGUGUGUACCGUGAUACACGACAGGUGGAUCUACAACUUGUUGGUGCAGGUGACGGCGCUGCUGUUCUUCAUCCUGCCGAUGCUCACCAUCACUGUGCUGUAUGUGUUGAUCGGCCUGCAGCUGCAUCGAGAACGGGGGUGUUUUGAUGCAAAGACUGGCCUCAGCCAGGAUGGGGUUACUCAGAGGGCACGUCAUCGGCAAGUCACAAAAAUGCUCUGUGCAUUGGUGAUUGUGUUUGGUAUCUGCUGGGCCCCGUUUCACAUCGAUCGUGUCAUGUGGAGCUACAUCGAUGACUGGACUGCAGAGAACCACCAUGUCUUUGAGUAUGUGCAUCUUCUUUCUGGUGUCUUCUUCUACUUGAGCUCAGUGGUCAAUCCCAUCCUGUAUAACCUCAUGUCUUCACGCUUCAGAGAAAUGUUCCGUGAGGUGGUGUGUCAAAAAGACCAUCGUCAGCUCUCAAUAAGUAAGGUCACAUUACGUAGUGUUGUUUCUGCCUCUUUCUCUGCCUCCAAUUCUGUCUCGUUUUCUGUAAAAUUCAACCCUCGUGGGCUGCCGCACACUCUCUAGAAAAUACCAGAGGAUUCUGCUCAAGUUAUUUUAUCCAGAUACUAUAGACGGUUUGCUCUUACGUCACGGUUUGGUCAGUUACCCGGAUGCAUGGCCAUAUUGGAGAUACUCGGAUGUAAACGAUAACAUGGACUGCACAGUCAAUGUACUACUGAUUACGUUGUUCUGUCAAUUUAUGUUGACUAAACCAUGGAAAAAAUGUGUGGAAAUUGGUGAAUCAUAUAGAAAAGAACUUUGUAAGGAAAGGGUGCAAUAUUUUGACAAACUAAAGUUGAUAGGUGGGAAAGAUACAUACAAGCCGUAUUAAUUAAGAUAUUAGCCUAAUAUUUCACCUACCUGACCAGAAAUGAUAAACACAAACAUGAAUGUUGUCAAGAUUCUUGCCCUGGAAAUCCUGGUUGAGUUUGGGCAACCACAAAUGCCUUUUGUUCCUCAAACAGUUUUUUGCACUCUUCUCUCUAAUUUGUUAUAACUUUUGGCAGUCUAUAGUACUCCAAAUGUUUUAGUGCAGCCCAAAACAUGACAAUAACUGACCAUUUUCAGCAGCAAUAUUCAGCAAAAUAAGUCAGUUUUGUUCAGUUCUGUGGCAUUGUUUACGUUCAGUGCCGCCAAUAUGGCCGACUGACGAUGCGUCGUGAAAAAACUCUAUAUCUUUUAUAGUUGCGUUGUCAAAGUAUUCAAUACUGUAUAUGCAGUUAAGUUAAUGAGUGCUUAUGUAAUCAAGUUAACAUUCAGAGAUACGGCAAAAUAGCCAAUAUACUCACAGAUAUAUAAAAACAAAAUAUUUACAGUACCAUUCAAAAGUUUGGGAUCGGUAUGAUUUUUUAAAAUGUUUUUUUUAUGUAAGUCUCUUAUGCUCACCAAGGAUGCAUUUAUUUGAUCAAAAAUAUGGUAAAAAUAGUAAUAUUGUGGAAUAUUAUUACAAUUUACCCUAACUGUUUUCUAUCUGAAUAUAUUUAAAAAUGUAAUUUAUUCCUGUGAUAUCAAAGCUGAAUUUUCAGCAUCAUUACUCCAGGCUUCAGUGUCACACAAUCCUUCAAAAAUUAUUGGGUUUGGCGCUCAAAAAAAUUUUUUUAUUACUAUCAAUAUUAAAAACAGUUGUACUGCUUCAUAUUUUUGUGGAAACUGUCAUUUUUUUCAGGAUUUUUUUAAAUGAGAAAUUUCAAAUUAACAGCAUUUUUUAAUGUCUUUACUGUCACUUUUGAUCAAUUUAAUGCAUCCUUGCUGAAUAAAAGUAUCAAUUUCUUUAAAAAAAAAUAAAAAAAAAUAAAUAAAAUGACUGACCCUAAAUGUUUGAACAGUGAGCACACUUUAAUUUUUACCUGCCAACCUAAUUUUGCUCAGUGUGUAAACACAUUAUCCAUUAUUCUGACAGAUUAUUUAGUGUCUGCGUGUUUUGAGCUUGUCUCUUUACACUGAUGUCAAAACAGGAUGACACAGCAUGUAAACACAUUAAGUGAUGUCAUCAAAUAUAAUCUGCAUUUUUUUUUAAAUUAAAAACGUCACAAAAAAGUAAUUUUAUAUCAAGUAACUUAUGUUUUUCACAGAUACUGGAAACAUUAUUAUAGGUAUCAUAGCCUUACGGGCAGCACUCUGACAUAUGGUGCAGCUGACUUUGAGUCCUGGCUCCAGGUCUUUUCCUGCUCCUGUUCCGCUCUCAAUGUGUCCUGUCUCUCCUCCUCCUGUCCUGUCUAAUAGAAGCCCAGAAAUAUAACUUCAAAAGAAAUGGGUCAGUUAGUUCGUAUAUUUCUUCUCCGCCAAUGUAAAUAGUUCCAUAAGAAGCCAAAGCAUCAAGUUUUACGUGUCACCGAGCAACACACAGACUGAAAGCCGGACUGGAACAACGCAUACGAGUGGAGCGGAGCGACAGAGAUUCCCACUGAAAAGCACUGAUGCUCCGACUUACAAUAAAACCAGGCAAAUGUAAUCCGCUUCCACGCAGCACUGCACACAGAGUCUGCAACACUGACAAGUGGACAUACAGUGAAACACUGUCAUACUAACUGACUAUUCUUAUCUUAUCCACCUUAUUUUUCAAUGCGGACACAAGCCGUUUUCUGUGAAUGUGCAAAACUUCCAGUUCAUUAGCCUCUCUAACUGGAAGAAUAACAACGUGCAGUAAAUAGUAAAACUGUUUGCGCUACAAACAUGUUCAUAAUUAAGACAAUGCAUUAAAAUAAUAACGUGAGACACGGCAGUUUGCAAUAUCAAGCAGAAAAAACAGCUGUUUUAUACAGCUAAAAAUAGCUGAAAUCGAAAGACACUGGAAGCCAGACGCCAUUAUAGCUGCCCCAACUCUUACACGGAAAAAAUAAGGUGGAUAGUGCCGCACAGGCAGUCAAACGUGAUAUUAUUAUACAUAUUAUUAUGUAUAAUAAUAAGUGACAGAAUGAUAAAAUACAUCAAUCUCUAUAUAUGUACAGAUAUAAAAUGUGUAGAUGACGCUACGUGCUCAAAAUUAGUGAAUUUUUUUUUUUAUUUACUGAAAGUCUCUGCUAUUUUCCAAAAGUACAAUUUUAUUUCAUUUUAAAAUGUUUUUUUACUUUAAUUUAUUUUCAAAUGUAAUUUAUUCCUGUGAUUCAAAGCUGAAUUUCUAGCAGCGUUACUCCAACGAUCCUUCAGAAAUCAUUCUAAUAUGCUGAUUUGCUGCUCAAGAGACAUUUCUAUUCAAUUUCAGGAUGCAGGAUGAAUAGAAAGUUCAAAACACCAGCAUUUAUUUGAAACAUUAUGAAUGUCUUUACUGUAAUUUUUGGUCAAUGUAAUACAUCCUUGCAGAAUAAUAAACCAUGUCUUGUAAAACACACUUGUGUAAAGACAGCUGUUGUAAAUCUUAAAUGUUUCCAGUAACCAAACAAGUUUCCCUUAAUUCUCACUGACUGUAAAAUCCACUGCAAUGAUGCCAAAUUUUAUUUCACUGUGAGCAUGUGAUAAGGUUAUAUUAGAUAUAUGUGCAUUAUAUAUGGUUAUAUUUGUUAGAAGUUGUAUUCUACAUGGUUAAAAACAUUGUUCCUUAUACUAGUGAGCCGUUCACUGAUAUACAAUGAUUCAUUGCAUAUAAGACAACAUCUGUUGUUGGAAUGUAGUAAUCACAGCGAAUGUGAAACAUCUAGAAUAUAUUCUAUAAAUGAAUCAUUUACUAAAAGUGAACUAUAGAUUUCUAGCUAUGGAGUUGUGAUGUUGAUUCUGCAGAUGUUUGUUUAGUGGUGUUUCUCUAAGGUUGUAUGUCUUGCUCAAGGCUGGAAUGCUGAUAACAGAUCUCCCAAACUCAAGUUCAGUGAGCUCCUCCACCUGUUUACUUUGCAAUAUUUAUCUCUCUGCUUUUUCUCUACAUGACACAGAGCAAUACAUCAUCUGUGAGGUCCAAGAUGAAAAAACGUGCUUGCAUUUCACUGUUUAUAUCAUGGGACUUUGUCAAUACCAUAAUAUGCUAAAUAAUGUAUAUAUUUAUAUAUUAUUCUAAGUAAUGUAAAUAUUUCUAAUAGCCAGAUCUGGAGGACAAGGAAAAUAUACUUCAAAUCAUUUGUCAUUAAUAUCUUCUGUUAUUCAUGUUCUUGUUUUUACAUGCUUUUUCAAUGAAUAUAAAUUCACUUGCAUUCCUAAGUACCAUCCUCAUGUGUUUUUCAGUGCUUUUUACCUGAUUGUAAAUAUUUAUCCUUAUAUCAAA